AAGAGGAUAACUCUGUUUCACGGCUAGAAUAACAAAAGAUUCCUAAAGGAACUGAAAGUAAUCUAAAAGGAAAAAGAAACGGGGAAUGAAUCAAUACGCACAGAAUAUGAAAGGAUUCAGCGGAAAAGAAGACUAUUACACAGACUAUGAAGUGGAAGGUGAUGCAGAUUAUGAACAGCUUCAGAUGCAGUCAAGAGAAACACGGAAUAUUGAACAGAUGAACGUCUUUGGAGACACUAUUCAACAUAAUUCUCCAAAAAGGACCAUGAAGCGUCUUCUGGUGGUAAUUUUAAUCAUCGUUCUUAUCCUCGGACUUGCCACAACAAGUGCAUUUCUUUUUCUAGAGAGAAACAAAUCAAAUGAGAAGCAAUCACCAAAACUUUUGGUUAUGGAUGAAUUUAUCAACAAACCCUGCAGAAGUCAAAUAUCCAAAUUUACAGAUAAAGGAAGUACAAAUUUAGGAAGCAGAGGGCGAAGUUUUCUGGUCAGUUUUAUACAAAAUCACAACGACGGAAAUACAACAAACCGAACUAUUAUUGCGUCAUCAGAAACUGAUUUCAAUUUAACAGUUUCACUGCCAGAGAGUCAAAAUUCAAAUCUGAUAUCCAUUUCUAGUCAUACAAGUAAAACGGCAACAUUUAAGAAGUUAAAUGUACACUACUCUCUAGUUCCUUCUUACUUUACAACUGAAUCUAAAGCUAUCAUCAUUACCACCUCUGUGACGUCAUCUGUGUUGUCUUUGUCCGACUACCGUGUAUCAUCAGAUACGACAACAGUUUUUCCCAUGGACAAGCUUUCAACGUAUUAUAUCAUAUCUACAGCUGCACCGUCAGAUCGUUAUUUAGGCAGUGGAACUCAUUUCACAGUUGCUUCAAUGAAAGACAAUACUCUUGUUAGCAUAGUAUUCGUAGCUGAUCAUGACACAAAAAUAGUGCUACAGGGGAAAGGUUACGGGAGAGGGGACACUUUUAAUUUAAUUUUAAACAAGUAUCAAACAUUUCAAAUUGGACAUAAUGCAGAUCUGACAGGAACAACAAUCCGUUCUUCCAAUCCGGUUGCUGUUUUCGCAGGGAAUAGGUGUAUUACUGUGGGGUACCACGGAUACUGCAGCAUGCUUAUGGAAAUGGUUCCACCUACUAAAAAAUUAGAUAAUGUAUUCAUUGUUCCACCAAAUAUUCAUAGAUUCCAAUCGCAUGUACGCAUUUCCUCGGUUGUAAACACGGAUAUUAAAUAUACUACCAAAGAAAUCACAACGAGGACACAUCUUUUGAAAAAUCGGUUUGCUGAAUUUAUUGUUCGCGAACACGAAGUGGGCGUUAUAUUUUCUACAAAACCUGUUUUAGUAAACAGUAUUGCUGUAUCUUCAACCAAGGCUAAAGUAUAUGGCGAUACUUUUAUGGUGACGAUCCCUGGAAUUAAUCAGUAUCUCAACUCAUAUACCAAUUUCGUGCCUGCUGGAUAUAAUUUUAGCUUUGCUACUUUUGUAUUUAGAAACGAUUCUCUGAGAAAUCUUCAAAUCAACGGAACAAACAUCGAUGUAGAUAGCUGUCUUUUUCAUUCCUCCUUUCUAGUUGGAAUUGACCUAUACAAUGUUUGUACCGCAAGUGUUCCAAGUGGAGUAAUUAAUGUAGAAACCUCUGAUGGGUCGCGAUUUGGUUUUAUCGUUACUGGUCAACGCAAACAUGACGGUCAUGGGUACGCUGGAAAUGCACUGUUGACCACUGACUGUGAGACUUGACAACAAGUUUGAAAAAAAAUAUGAAUUUCUCCUUGAAAAGCCUCAUCAAGUAUAUAAGAUCAAAUUUAAUACUAUCUCAGAAUCCCCUCUUCAAGGACUUAAAUAAUAAUACACACACAGUGGGGCUUGAUAGAAAAGAACAUGUAAGCAAGAGUGUAUUUGUAUUUAUUUGAAAUAUAAACUAUUUAUGCCAUUUGUAAAUUUAUUUCCUUCUUUGUGAUUCACAUAUAGUUUUGUUUCGAAUGAGUUUAAUCCAAAAAAUUUUGUUUUUUAUCCUUGUACACCAUUAUAAAGGAGUAGAAAUUCAGUUCUACUUUAUAAGCUAUAU